AUGGUCCGAUACGUGCACUACAAAACUUAUCCUCCCAACUUUGACCGCGCCAAGGCUAUCGCGCAGGGCCGACGACAGGCAGAAGGCAAUCUGGAGCGUUAUCAUUACCUCCGCGCAGCCGUGACGGGGGCAUAUGACAUCGAGCAACUUCAGCCUGGCGAUCCCAAUAACCCCAACCCGUUGCCUUUUGUGAGGCAUGGGCUUGUCUUUGACCGUUACAAGUUGCACAAGCUCAAGCCGCUCCGUGGCAUGAAGCUUCACCCGAACGCCGAUGGCACGAUACAUCCCGGCGACUUGAAGUUGUACAAGGAGGAGUUGUUUGGCAAUUGGAAGGUCAGAGAGGCGGGGAUACUUUAUGCGUAUAUGGAGCUACGACCCUUCUUCAACAUGAUGCUCAACUACAACUCGCCGGCGAAGACGACGGGCAUCCCGGCCUGGGACAAGCUCCUAGACGAGUGGAAAGCGGCGGGCUUUCCCAAACGUAUGCUUCAGUGCAUGUACUUCGCCAGGGAGUCGGGUUGCAUGGAUCCCCGCUGCCCGUUUCAGCACGAUGCGGCGGCGACGAAGCGUGAUAAAGACCUCGUGUAUGCCUGGAGGCGCGCGCGGUGCGGUCAGCUCACUCCGGAGGAUAUUGAGAUAUUUCGCGACGUCGUUCCCGCUGAAUACUCUCCUGGCGAUGAUGGCUUCAUCGUCGAGGAGAUACAGUACUACAUCAAGAACCCAGACCCACUUAUCUGCUGGAAUACGGGCUGCUGUCAAGUCGACGAUCAUCCCGAACUUGCCGAGCAACUGAAGCGCUGCUCGCGUUGCAAGGUUGUCACGUAUUGUUCUGCAGAGUGCCAGAAGAAGCAUUGGAAGGAGCACAAGCAGGAUUGUCAUCCGUAUGAUCAAAUCAUCCACGACGACGAACUAUGGUCUCGCGUAGGUUUCCGCAAAGGCCUGCAGUGGAAUGGUAAUACGGUGAAAGACGACAGAGGGGGCAUCACAGUCUCGAUUUCCCCACGCGUACGCUCUGAUAAGUAG